AUGUUCAACGCAGGCGGAAUCAAGCGAUCACCCGACGAACUCACUAAACACUGCAAGAAACACCGCAUCGAUUUCAUCCUUGUCACUGAAAUUUACCUCAAAGAGGACCAAAAACUGUAUACGGACUGGAUUCAACACCAUAACUUCGCUAAAGUACCAGGAGAAGCACGACGUGGAUUUGGAGGGAUAUCCCUUCUCAUUCGCCCGGACUUCCCAUAUCACAUCCAUCCUGAACUUCUACAUCGCAGCGACUUUGUACUUUCCUUCACCCUUGGACCAUACAAAUUCCAUGGCGUGUACUUUCCACCUCACACUAUGUCCCAUGCCGAAUUCGUUAACACACUCAAUACCUUGCCAAUGGAUGACCAUACCUUUGUGUUUGGUGACUUCAACACACGCCUAGGCACUAUCACUGGUGAUCAUAGAAGGAAUCCAAGAGCAGGCGCCUUCACUCAAUGGAUAACACGACACAGGCCCACCAAUUGGAACGCACAACUCGCAUAUGGCCAAUCCACUUAUCGACAAAAAGAUUGGCAUAGCAUAAUCGACUACGUCGUAUCAUCAUCCAGAAACGUGUCCGGUACAGCAUUGGAAAUCUUCGACCAAGUAUCCCUCAGCUCUGACCACCACGUAUGUCGCUUCCGAUUCACCGCCAGGACCCCUAAACCUUUGUUGGAUCCAGCUAAUGCAAUACGUCAGCACUGGAAACUUCAAAGGUUGGAGGAAAGAGAAGUGAAAGAACUAUACAUUACCCAAUUCGAAUCACAUGCCACAGAGAUCAUCACCGAAGUUGAGGAGUUGAAGACACAAGAACGAGUGGACACACAAGCACUGGAAUUAAUCGGCACCAAGAUCGAAGAAAGCAUUCACCUAGCACUGGAUAACAGUGUUACCAGAGGGGAGCUGCGUCCGAAACAUUGGCGGUGGUUUUGGACUGAAGAAAUCCAAGGACUUGCGGAUCGGCGCGAACACCACUAUCGGCGAUGGCGUAAUAGUAGGCGAGGCACAUUGACAAGAGCAGCAGCAUGGCGAGACUAUGAGCAAGCACGUGAAGACCUCAAACGUUUGAUCCAACAAGAACGAAAUCGACAUUGGAGGCAAUAUUGUACAAGGAUGGCAACAGCCGACAAUAGCGAGACCAAUAGCACCAUCAAACGAAUCAAGAUGAACAAGACCAGGAAACAAUGCACGUUAUCUCAUCCUCAAGGACCAAGGCAGGCGGCUGAAAUGAUGGUAAACCACUUGGUGAACGUUUUUGGCGGAGAGCAAGAUCAUACAUCACGACCACCUAGACAUCCUCGAGCACCACCUGAUGAUGGCGGGGUUGGUUAUGUCAACGGGUAG